CUGUGUUAGUUUUAAAAUUUCAUGGCACCGAAAUCGGCCAAAAAAGAAAAACCCGGCUGGUGGAAGUGUGAACGGUGCCAGCUUUCGGUUCUCGUGUCGGAGCUGCCCCAGCAUCAGGCGCAAAGUUGUCAGAACACGCACGAGCUGAGCGGUUACAUCGCAAACACCGGUACGUUUCACAGUAAACGGGUUGAAAUCGGCAACGUUAGCGAUUUCGAUGAUCUGAAGGAUGUAAGUGAAGUACAGUUGAGCUCGCUGGUCCUCUUCAGUCGGACAGUGAUCGAUAAACUGAACCUGGUUCUCGGUGGUCUGGUGGAGAUUAACGUUGUUAACAAAACUUGCGGCGAGUCCGGUACGUUUGUCAGGAAAGCUUGGCCAAUAGAUGAGAAAAAUGGCACAAGAGUUAUCGUGGUUGAUCCAGAUGAAGUAACAAUCAAUUUGUCAGAUCUACUGGGAGUAUCUAUCAAACCGUUUCGAACACCGGUAAAGGAUGCAGAUGAGGUAACGUUUCGCUUACAAGAUGUAUCACAAUCAGAUCAAAUAGUCGCAAAUAGUGAAACGUUCCUGCGACUGCUUCGCAGACAAUAUUUCGGAAGGGUGAUCAACGAUCAAAAUGCUCUUAGACUUAAAUUGUGCAAUAAAAUAUUCGUUUUUGAAAUUGCUAAAGUGAAACUGAAACAGUUUAACGAUCGGGAAAAAAUUGAAGAUAAGCUGGAAAAUUUGACAUUGAAAAGUGGGUACUUCUAUGUUAAUCGGGAUACAAAACUAUUAGUCAAUUUUGAAGACAAAAAUGAUUCAUUGACACCCAAGCGAAGAGACCAGUCGGUGGAAAGCAUCGGUGGACUUGAUAAUGUUGUUCGUGAAAUAAUAGACAUUGUCGAUUUAGCAUUGGGAAAAACAAAUCAACCGUCGCAAGUACCAGUCAACCGUGGCAUCCUGGUGUACGGCGUGUCUGGUGUAGGGAAAACCUUACUGGUGGACUCAAUUGCUAAUCACAUGAAAUGCCAUACGAUAAGAAUACGCAGUACGGAAAUUUUUAGCAGAUUUUACGGAGAAUCCGAGAGCAAUCUAUCUAGGUUGUUUAACAAAACCUUUACCAAUUACCCCGACCCUACAAUAAUCAUUGUUGAAGAAAUACACAAUCUCUGUCCCAAAGCAGAGAGUUCAGAUAUUGUUAAACGUAUUUCGAACUAUUUUAUCAAUUUAUUAGACAGUUUGCAUACUCGAGUCGAGGGAGCUAGAUCGAUUGUGCUAGCUACCACUGAUAAUGCAGACAACCUAAAUCCGGCUAUACGACGAAGUGGUCGUUUGGAAUAUGAAUUCGAAAUUCCUGUACCCAGCGCAGAAGGACGUGAGCAAAUUCUGACAAAGAUUUUGUCCUCCCAGCGGCACACAUUGGUUCCAGAAGAUAUUCGAAAAAUUGCACGAAUUACACACGGAUAUGUUGGGGCCGAUCUGGUGAGUUUGGUAGGUCGGGCAAUGCACGAGGCAAAAGCUGCUGCCGGUUAUGGUGACAUGAUUUCCGCCCUGCAACACGUGAAGGCUAGUGCUAUGAGAGAGAUACUGAUAGAGUGUCCCAAUGUGCAUUGGGAUGAUAUCGGAGGACAGGACGACUUGAAGCUAAAGCUUCGUCAGAUUAUUGAAUGGCCUAUUCACCGACCAGAGAUAUUCGCUCGACUUGGCAUUGCACCUCCGCGAGGACUUCUGAUGUUCGGUCCACCGGGAUGCUCAAAAACAAUGAUUGCAAAAGCAAUUGCCACCGAAAGCAAAGUAAAUUUUCUCUCCAUCAAGGGUUCGGAGUUGUUUUCGAUGUGGGUCGGAGAAUCGGAGCGUGCCGUAAGAGAACUGUUUCGCAAGGCACGACAAGUCGCACCGUCGAUCAUCUUUUUCGACGAGAUCGACGCCAUCGGUGGGGAGCGGUCGGCCGAUGGUGGAGGCAGUUCGGUUAAGGAGCGCGUUUUGGCUCAAAUAUUGACCGAAAUCGACGGAGUGAGUGCACUUAAAAAUGUUAAAAUCGUUGCCGCCACCAAUCGACCGGAUUUGAUAGAUAAAGCGCUUAUGAGACCCGGUAGAUUGGAUCGGAUAAUCUAUGUUGGUUUGCCGGAUGCCAGAACACGGGAGGAAAUAUUUCGGAUUAAACUUGCCAAAAUCCCUACGGGUUCAGAUGUCAGCUUACAGGCUCUCGUGACCAGCACGGAUGGUUACUCGGGAUCUGAAAUCGAAGCGCUUUGUCAGGAAGCGGUUAUGGAGGCACUGGAAGAAUCGUUCGAUACACUUGAAAUAUCACAGAAGUAUUUCGAAAAAGCGCUACUCAUGGUGAAGCCACGAACCAGUCCAGAUUUGCUGCUGCUGUAUGAAAAUUAUCUGAAGCAGCACCGGUAGUUUAUCGUA